UUUGAGAAAGGUCUUGGCUUACCUUAUCCUAUCCACCUCUGUGUCUGUCUCUCUCUCCAUAUCCUCUUCUUUCUUUCUCUCUUUAUCUCUUUCCCUUCACUUUCCUCUCCCGUUUUCUCACUACGUAAAUUUUCUUGGCUUUCCUUUUAUAUCAAUUGAGCUUCUUUUUCUUGAUUUUGAAAAAACAGUACUGUUGACUGAGUUCUUGCUGCCGGGAUUGCGUUAUUUAUUUAUUUAUUUAUUGUUUACAAAAGGGGAAUUGAAGUAACAGUGGAAGGAGAAAAGGAAAUCUGUGAAGAAUUGUGCAUGCAUAGAGAAAUUUAGUGUGGAAAUUCAAAUUUGUUAAUUAGCAAUAUAUAUUCCCUCAGAUUUUUGAGAAACAAUGGCUCCCAAAACUGGUAAGGCAAAACCACAUAAAGCCAAAGGAGACAAAAAGAAGAAGGAAGACAAAGUUUUACCUGCUGUUAUUGAAAUUACAGUGGAAACACCAGAUGACUCACAAGUUACCCUCAAGGGUAUCUCAACGGACAGGAUAUUGGAUGUGAGAAAGCUCUUAGGUGUCAAUGUCGAGACAUGCCAUCUGACCAAUUUCUCUCUAUCUCACGAGGUACGAGGACCAAGACUCAAGGAUUCAGUGGACAUCGUCUCUCUCAAGCCCUGCCACCUCACCAUCGUUGAAGAGGACUAUACGGAAUUGCAAGCCGUCGCUCACAUCCGGCGACUCCUCGACAUCGUCGCCUGUACCACCUCGUUUGGUCCAUCAUCGUCCAAACCAGCCGCUCGAAUCAAUUCGAAGGAGUCCAGUACGAAGGACACCGGUUUGACAGAGGCUGAACCGACUCAGAGUUUGGAUUCUUCGGACAGUGGAAGCGAUUCCAAUACCAAGUUGAAAAGAGGAGGAGGAGAUAAGAAAGCCGAUGGGGCUAACUGCAAAAUCGAGAAGGAUGGCUGUAAGGACGUGGAGGAGAAGGGAGACACGGCGGUUUCAAUGUGUCCGCCACCUCGGCUCGGGCAGUUCUACGAUUUCUUCUCGUUUUCACACCUCACGCCGCCAGUUCAAUACAUUAGGAGAUCCACACGUCCGUUCCUGGAGGAUAAAAAAGAAGACGAUUUCUUCCAGAUAGAUGUAAGAGUUUGCAGUGGGAAGCCGAUGACAAUUGUAGCUUCGCGGAAAGGGUUUUAUCCUUCUGGAAAACGUCUCCUUCUCUGUCAUUCUUUGGUUUCUCUACUCCAGCAGAUUAGCAGGACCUUUGAUACUGCGUACAAGGCUCUUAUGAAAGCUUUUGCAGAGCACAAUAAAUUUGGGAAUCUUCCUUAUGGUUUUCGGGCAAACACAUGGGUUGUUCCUCCGGUUGUUGCUGAUAAUCCAUUUGUUUUCCCUCCUCUUCCUAUUGAAGAUGAGAACUGGGGAGGAAAUGGAGGGGGACAAGGAAGAGAUGCUGAACAUGAUCACAGGCAUUGGGCAAAGGAGUUUGCAAUCCUGGCAGCAAUGCCUUGUAAAACGGCGGAGGAGAGGCAAACACGAGAUAGGAAAGCCUUUCUGCUUCACAGUUUAUUCGUCGACGUCUCUGUUUUCAAAGCUGUUGCAGCAAUCAAACGUAUUAUUGACAACAAUCAGUACUCUUUAAGUGAUCCCACCCAUUUGGUUUUGCACGAGGAAAAAGUGGGAGAUUUGAUUAUCAAGGUGGCAAGAGAUGUUCCUGAUGCAAGUAUAAAGUUGGAUUGUAAAAACGAUGGUAGUAGAGUUCUUGGAUUGUCACAGGAAGAGCUUGCCAAGAGAAAUUUACUUAAAGGCAUAACUGCUGAUGAAAGUGCAACUGUCCAUGAUAUCUCUACUUUAGGUGUUGUGGUUAUUAGACAUUGUGGCUACACAGCUGUUGUUAAAGUUUCAGAUGAGGUCAAUUGGGAGGGGAAGCCUAUUCCACAGGACAUUGACAUUGAAGAGCAACCUGAAGGAGGUGCCAAUGCCUUGAAUGUUAAUAGCUUGAGAAUGCUAUUGCACAAGUCAUCCACGCCGCAGUCAUCUAGUAUAGUCCAGCGAGUGCAGACUGGAGAUUCUGAGUGUUUACAUUCUGCUAGGUCUUUGGUUAGGAAAGUAUUAGAAGAUAGUCUGCUGAAGUUACAGGAAGAAACCAAUAAGCACACUACAUCUAUCAGAUGGGAGCUAGGAGCAUGUUGGGUUCAACAUUUGCAAAAUCAGGCUUCAGGGAAAACUGAGUCUAAUAAAACUGAAGAAGCUAAGCCUGAGCCUGCUGUAAAGGGACUUGGAAAGCAAGGUGCAUUGCUCAAGGAAAUAAAGAAAAAAAUGGAUGUCAGAAGCAGCAAAAUUGAAGAGGGAAAAGAAGUUUCUGUGGAUAAUCCUAACAUGAACAAGAACUUGGAUGGAAAUCAGAAAGAAUUGGAGAAAAAAGAAUUGGAAAUGGAAACCAUGUGGAAAAAACUUCUCCCUGAAGCUGCAUAUUUUCGCCUUAAAGAAUCAGAAACUGGUCUUCACCUCAAGUCUCCUGGUGAAUUGAUUGAAAUGGCACAUAAAUACUAUGCCGAUACAGCUCUUCCCAAACUGGUGGCUGAUUUUGGCUCCCUUGAACUUUCACCAGUUGAUGGAAGAACUUUGACAGAUUUUAUGCAUACCAGGGGUUUGCAGAUGUGUUCUUUAGGGAGAGUGGUGGAACUUGCAGACAAACUUCCCCAUGUGCAAUCACUCUGUAUACAUGAAAUGAUUGUUCGAGCCUACAAACACAUAUUACAAGCCAUUGUAGCUGCAGUUAAUAAUGUUGCUGACUUGGCUGCAUCAGUUGCAUCAUGUCUAAAUAUAUUAUUAGGAACACCUUCAUCUGAAAAUGAUUGUACGGAAAUUGUAAAUGAUGAUAAACUGAAGUGGAAAUGGGUGGAAACUUUCCUCUUAAAAAGGUUUGGAUGGAAGUGGAAGCAUGAAAGCUGCCAGAAUCUGAGAAAGUUUGCAAUUCUUCGUGGCUUGUCCCAUAAGGUUGGACUUGAGCUUCUUCCUAGGGACUAUGAGAUAGACACUGCAUCCCCCUUUAAGAAGACAGAUAUCAUAAGCAUGGUCCCUGUGUACAAGCAUGUUGCAUGUUCAUCUGCAGAUGGACGCACAUUGUUAGAAUCUUCUAAAACUUCCUUGGAUAAAGGUAAACUGGAGGAUGCUGUUAAUUAUGGCACUAAGGCACUGUCAAAACUUGUGUCAGUCUGUGGCCCUUAUCAUCGAAUGACAGCAGGAGCUUAUAGUCUACUGGCUGUAGUGCUUUACCACACUGGAGAUUUUAAUCAGGCAACCAUUUAUCAGCAAAAAGCAUUGGAUAUUAAUGAGAGGGAACUUGGACUUGAUCAUCCUGAUACAAUGAAAAGUUAUGGAGAUCUAGCUGUCUUCUACUAUCGUCUUCAACAUACAGAAUUAGCCUUAAAGUAUGUCAAUCGUGCAUUGUAUCUUUUGCAUCUAACGUGUGGACCAUCUCAUCCCAAUACGGCUGCCACCUAUAUCAAUGUAGCAAUGAUGGAAGAAGGAUUGGGGAAUGUCCAUCUCGCUCUUAGGUACCUCCAUGAGGCUUUGAAGUGUAACCAGAGACUACUUGGUGCUGAUCAUAUACAGACUGCUGCCAGCUACCAUGCUAUAGCAAUUGCUUUAUCUUUGAUGGAAGCUUACUCCUUAAGUGUUCAGCAUGAACAAACUACACUACAGAUACUACAAGCGAAACUUGGAUCUGAGGAUCUACGCACACAGGAUGCAGCUGCAUGGCUCGAGUAUUUUGAGUCCAAGGCUCUGGAGCAGCAAGAAGCUGCACGCAAUGGAACUCCAAAGCCUGAUGCCUCAAUAUCUAGUAAAGGUCAUUUAAGUGUAUCGGAUCUCUUGGAUUAUAUAACACCAGAUGCAGAUAUGAAAGCAAGAGAAGCUCAAAAGAAAGCUCGUUCAAAGGUUAAAGGCAAAGCAGGCCAAAACUGGGAAACAGUCUCAGAUGAAUCUCAGAAGGAUGAAACUUCAUCACCAACCUAUCCUGUUGUGGAGAAUUCAAGUGAUAAGGAAAACAAAUCUGAGGUUCAAUUUGCAGAAAUUAGGAAUGAGAGUACUGAUUCAAGUCUCCCAGAUCAAUCAAUAAUCAAUUUAAGUGAUGAAAAAACACAGGAGGAUGAGUCAAAUGAAGGAUGGCAAGAAGCUGUACCUAAAGGCCGUUCACCUACAAGUCGCAAAUCCUCAAGGAGGCCAAGCUUAGCUAAACUAAAUACCAACUUUAUGAAUGUGUCCCAGUUGCCAAGAUUCCGAGGAAAGCCCACCAAUUUUACAUCACCAAGGACAAGCCCAAAUGAUUCAGCUGCUUCUAGUGGACCCAGUAUUCCCGUUCCUAAGAAGUUUAUUAAAAGUGCAAGCUUCAGUCCAAAGCAAAAUAAUUCUAGUGCCACUGCCGGUGGAUCAGAGAAAUCAAUCAACCCUAAAUCAGCUCCAGCUACUCCUGCUUCAACUGACCAGAAUUCCAAAUCAGCUCCGGUGGCAAGUUCUGUAAGUGUUCAGGUAGCUGGAAGACUUUUCUCCUACAAGGAAGUUGCUUUAGCUCCUCCUGGUACAAUCGUGAAGGCUGUGGCAGAACAGCUGCCAAAAGAAAAUCUUCCUAUAGAACCAAGUCAUCAGUUAAGCCAAAAGACAGCUACAUCAGAGGAUAUUGUUGGUGGGGUGACAGAACUGAAAGAUGCAGAGAAAGAAAAUGUGAAGAACCCAGAAGGAGAGAGAAAACCACAUAGUUCUUAUGAAAGAAAAGAUCCUAUCAAUGCAGAGCCAGAAACGGAGGGGAAUUCAGAGAUGAUGGAACCACCGGAAGAAAAAAAAUGUGUGCAUGCUGAUCACAUAGAAAAAGAAGCCGUGGUACUUGAAAAUAAAACUGCUAAUAUCGAAGUUACAAAUGGUGCAGUUCUGGGACCUGAGAAUUUAGACACUUCCAAAGAAUCAAAUGCCACUUCUCCCAAAAGUGGUGUGUUGGAAACAAGAGACUUAGAGAAUUGCCUACCAGUUUCCCAUGAUCCAGAACCUUUAUCUGUGCUAUCUGAAAAUGCAGCUUUGUUGCUAGAGAAAGAUACUUCAGCUCCAAGUGAAAAACUAACAGAUGAGAAUUCACAGGAUUUGUUCAAAGACUGCACAACUGAUAAGCCAGUGACAAUUGAAGGAGAAAAACAAGAUGAAUCAGAAUCAGGAAAGGAGACAACAAAGAAACUUUCCGCAGCUGCACCACCAUUUAAUCCAUCCACAGUUCCAGUUUUUGGCUCAGUUACCGUUCCAGGGUUCAAAGAUCAUGGAGGAAUUCUUCCUCCACCAGUGAAUAUUCCUCCAAUGCUUACAGUUAAUCCUGUCCGCAGAUCACCUCACCAGUCAGCGACAGCUAGGGUUCCUUAUGGUCCAAGGCUAUCUGGUGGCUAUAAUAGAUCUGGAAAUCGGGUUCCACGUAACAAACCUACCUUCCACAGUGGGGAGCAUAAUGGGGAUGGGAAUCACUUCAGCCCGCCAAGAAUAAUGAACCCUCAUGCUGCUGAAUUUGUGCCUGGCCAACCUUGGGUUCCCAAUGGCUACCCUUUGUCACCAAAUGGUUACUUGGCUAACCCAAAUGGUUUCUCCAUGUCUCCUACAGGCAUUCCGGUGUCACCAAAUGGAUUUCCAGCAUCAUUAAAUGGUACUGCAGCGGCUGAAAAUGGCUUCCCAGCAACUCCAGUGAAUUCAGUAGAAACACCCACAUUGGUUCCCAUUGACAUAGGUGCUGACAACAAAGGUGAAGCUGGAGGAGAAACUAGUGCUGAAAAUUCCCUGGCAGAAAACCAGCCGAGUGAGCAAAAAUAUCACGACAAACCAGAUGAAAUUGUGUGUCCUGAAACUGAAGAAAAGCCUACAAGUACAGUCCCAUUGAGUGGUGAGACUGCUAUGGCAAAAGAAACGUACAAUAGCGUAUUGAUUGAGGAGAAGCCAAGCAAGUGCUGGGCAGAUUACAGUGACAGCGAAGCUGAGAUUGUUGAGGUUACUAGUUGAAUGAACAUGUUGAUUUUUUUUUUUUCCUUUUUUUCUUCGAUGUGAAGCGAUUUCCACGCAACCCAGGCUCUAUGGCAAUGAAAAGAGAGAUAAUAAGCUGAUAUAGGUGAGGGAGGCCCGUGAAACGACUGGCAGAACUGUUAUUAGCUUGACAUAAUCAAGUGUAGGCCUCGAAAAUGUGAAUAUUUUGGGAUACAUUUUGGUUUUGGUGCAUUGAGGGAGAAGCAUCCUUGAUGGACAGAUUUGUGAAUGAAAAUUACCAUAACCCUUAAGGAUCUGUUAAGCAGCUCGUAGCUAAGUUAGCAAGUCUCUGUUUUUUCUAUUUUUGUUGUGUCAUUCUCCUGCUAUAUUUUUUGUUUGUUGUCAAACCAAAAUAAAAUAAUCUUUGAAGUUCUUAUA